AUGACAAAGCCCAUCACCGUUUUUGUCGCGCUGACAAGCAUUCUGUACCCCCUUGCAGAGGCCAAGGCCUGUACUGAGGGUCUCGAGUACUGCGGCUACAACCUAUUGAAGAAGGGCAAAUACAUGAGCGAGAUCGACAACGAGCUCAAGAGAGUCGGGCUCCCCCGCGAGGACCCGUACGAGAGACAUUCCCUCUUCCACUGUGGCAGCAACGGAUGGAUCCGCUGGAAUGUCUAUUGCGGUAAUUGUGUAGAUGGCGGUAGCGGGAAGAGCGACUUCUGUAGGUAG